GUCUGCUUCGAGCCGGGCUGUGUGUCCACCUCCAUCCCCUCGCUUCAUCUCCACACAGUUACAGCGCCUCUUUUUGUGAACCGAAGUGAAGGUCAGAACCGUGUUUUUCAGAAGAGGUCCCGCCAAUUUUGAUUUUCCUACAGGUUUACGCACGUCACAUCAGUCAGUCUGCUACACGGGACUCCACUGUUACUGAUACGGCUUCCUGGCGUAAUGGAUGGGUGACCUUGCUGCAAUCUGAUUGGCUAGUCAGACCUCUGAGUACUUCCUGGUCCAAGCUGCAGUGAUGGCCAAGAGUCCAGAGGUGAAGCUUGCAGUGUUUGGGAGAGCGGGAGUUGGCAAGUCAGCCCUGGUGGUGCGAUUUCUGACCAGACGCUUCAUCUGGGAGUAUGACCCCACCCUCGAGUCCACGUAUCGGCAUCAGGCCAACAUUGAUGAUGAGGUGGUUACCAUGGAGAUCCUGGACACAGCAGGACAGGAGGACAUCCAGCAGAAAGAGGGCCACAUGCGCUGGGGCGACGGCUUCAUCUUAGUCUAUGACAUCACAGACCGGGGCAGCUUUGAGGAGGUGGGGCCCAUUCGAACACUUUUAGAGGAAGUCAAAAAACCCAAGAACGUCCCGCUGGUUUUAGUUGCCAACAAGUCUGACCUGGACCACAUACGGCAGGUCAGCACGGAGGAGGGUGAGCGCUUGGCCUCGGAGAUGGCGUGUGCGUUUUACGAGUGCUCGGCGUGCGCAGAUGUAGGGGGUGCUGUGGCGGAGGCGUUUCACGAGCUCUGCAGAGAAGUGAGGAGACGUAAGGCCGUGCAGGGGAAGGCGCGAAGACGCAGCUCAACCACGCACGUCAAACAAGCCAUAAACAAGAUGCUCACCAAGAUCAGCAGCUAGGACUGAGGCUGAGGACACUGCAGGGUUCCCACUAAACUAAUAAGGACUUGUACUUCAUUUCAUUUGCAAACUGUUUCUGUCACAAGCAAAGACAAGAAAAAGCUUAUAUUCAGACUGUGCAGCAUUGAAACAUUUUAAUUUAAAAUGGUAAAGGACCUAAACUGAAAAAGAUCUUGACAGAAUAAUUGUGAUGUCCAGUGAAUAUUGCUUUUAGAUGUAGUGUCGGGUAUAAUAACAGCCACCCUAAUUUACAUUUGUUUUCAGACUGAAUAUAUGCUCAUGUCUUGUAGGCCUCAAACAUAAUAGGCUGGAUUUGAUUAGCCUGUGCUAUUAUGAGUGCUUCGUUCUUAUUCUCCUGAUAGCUGUUCCCUCACAUGAACCCAGGGUGAACAGAGAGUGGAGUGAACCUCACCAUAAACAUGUUUUCAUAAACUGAACUUCAGAUGAGGACACUAAAAACCGGAUUCAAGAAGAAAACGCUUGACUUUCUGCUAUUGUUUAUUAAAGGAUAACUGAGAAACUAAACAAUACACCAAAGUAUUUCAAGCUAAUAUGUAUCAGACAUAAUUAAAGGGGCACUAUGUCAUUUUUCUGGGGGAGGCUCAGCUACCUGAAUCUGUGUGCCUAUGACAUACUGCCAUUGUGUCCUUGGGCAAGACACUUCACCCACCUUGCUAAAGUAUGAAUCUGGUGUGCGCUGAUUGCUGGUAAUUGCUGGUUCAUAAAAGCACUUUAUAAGACACAAUAAUCCAUUACUCAUUAUUUUUGUUAAGGUGAUUCACUCAUCAAAACGUACCAGGAGUCUUCAUUUAAGUUUCAAUGAAUUUUAAAGGCUUUUAUUUAUAUAAAAAAAAUAUGUACAGCUCAGGUUUUUUAAUUCCUCAGUGAUAGUCUGUACAUUAUACCUGAUUAUUUUCCCUUCUUCUUUCUUCGUUUUUGAAUAAUAUAUUAAGAUUUUGUGUCAAAUGUAAUAUUAUCCUUUAAGCUAUUUAUUAACUCCCAGUCUAAUAUUCAUCACACUUUUUUAUUGUUUCCAUGACACUAAUGUGACUAAAGCUGGAUGUGUGGGAACCCUGUUAUGUAAAAAUCUCACCAAACAUCAGACUGUAAAUUUUCCAUGAACAUAAGAAGAGGACAAGGACAAGAGGACAAUGACGUCUUGUAAAUUCAAACACCCACAGGAAAAUGCAUCAGGACUUUCUUUGCUAACCUCAAAUGUUUUGGAGGAUUUGGAGAAUGCAUGAGAACUGUCCCCAUGCAGAACAAUGAACUAAACACUGCAGCGACUUCAUGUGCUGUGUCGUCUAUGGAAAUCACAGGUGUGUAAUUAUUCUCAGCAGAAUUCUACAGAUGCAAAAGAGACUCUAUUAGCGAAUAUUAUCUCCUCAAGUCUUAGACAAAAGCUAGCUCUGUCAGUGCCUGUCUAUAAACUACGGUAUUGUUGUGAAGUACUUGGACUUGGAAUGGCUUUAUAACCUAGCUUAAUCUGCUAAACUCAUUAAUUUUCCUUUUUUUGAAGAAAAAAAAAAGAGAAUUGAGCAUGAAAUUAUUCAAACAUUGAGCUUAUCCUGACCACAUUUCCUCUUGGUUUUGUAUUAGCUUUUCCAGAUUGUGUUUUGUUCUGUUCAUGGUGGUACAUUUACAGAGCUGUCCUUGGUUAAAUCUACUCUUUAACCUUCUUGUACGACAUAUCUGAAUGUGUGCUUAAUAACAAUCGACUGAUAUUGUUUAGAAUCCAGAGCGACUGAUGGACGGUAAACUAUGUCGAUAUUUUUGGGUCGAUUUUGAUCUUUUUCCCCAUAAAUAUAUGAUUUGAAAUGAAUACUAACAUUAAUACUGUCUAUAUUUUUUACUGCUUUGCAUUAUUUAACUAUAAUAAGGAAAAAUAAUCUCAACUGAAAUCAUCCCUGUUUUUCCUACUAACUCAUAAUGGAGCAGUGUAAUCUCAUUUUGUAAAAGCAUCAUUACAAUGAAGUGUUAAAAUAAAGCUUUAUGCAGCAAUUGGUGAGCCCAAACCAAACAUCGGAGUUAAGUCUGAAAGCCUAUAUGCAGAAAAGUGCAAAUAUUGGCGAACUAGUAGAUCAGUCUGUGCUUAAUCAAGUAUUUUCAUCCAGCAAAAAGAAAAAAAAAAAAGAAAUAGUGCCAGCAUUUUCAAAUUUACCAAUUUACUGGAAUAAUAAUAAUAAGCCAGUUUGUUGUGAGCCUCAUCCUUAAUUAAAGUUAAGUUUAAGAUAACAAGAACUGCAAACUUCCAAAACUGCUUUCAGAAGACUGUUUUUGCAAAUUCAUUCUCACAAUAGUGAAUGUAAGACGAGAAGCUGACUUUGUACUGUAAGAAGCCAUCGUUCUUUUGAGGAUAUAGUGGUCUCAAAUCAAUUUGAACAUAACAUACAUGUUUAAAUACACUUGAUCAUUUAAAAGCGUCAUUUAUAAUGCAAUAUUGUAUGUUAUAAGGUUAAUAAUACUGUUUAUUAUUACACCAACUCUUUUCUAUUUGCAUUUGUAUUCAACCCCGCGAAGUUCAUUUCCUUUCACCUUUCACUUGUGCUGUGUUGAAGGUUUGAGUCAGUCUGUUUUUAUGCCUCUCGUCUGAACCAAAGCACUAUCUGUGUCCAGUAUCUCCAGUGGAAUGUGUCCAUAAGCCCACAGCGUCCCUCAGUGUACCGGCUCAGUCUGCUCUACCUUUAUUAACCUCCAAGCUCCCUCUGCUCUCCUCUGCCUUAAGCACUGCUGCGCGUUAGCCCUGCUCUACAAUACAGCUGGAUUAUAAUGGCAAAUUGUUUAAUGUUUUAUGGAUGUGAAGUGUUUCUGAUAAAACCAGCCGUGCACUUGUAAAUAA